AGACUGUCCUCUUUCAAUCCUUUCAUUUUUCUUCAAUUGGUGUUUCACAAGAAAACCGGAGGCAAAGGCAAGAACAAAUGGAGGCUGUUGUGGAGCUCCUCCUAUGGGUUCGAAUCCUCCCCUUCCAAGGGUCACAAAAUGGGCCAGUGGGCUGGAUCAGAAGUGUCCCAUUCCUCUUUGAGGUGGAUGCUGAUUUUGCUGCAGCUAUGGCUACCUUGGUCUGGGCUCCCCCAAAAGAUUUCUUGGUGGUUAGGCAAGAAUGGGCUGCGAUCCAUGGAUUGCUGGUAAGUGGGUUUCUCUUCUUUUGAUGUCGAUUUCUCUUUGGUGUUUAGCUAAAGGUGAAUUCAAUUGCAAGUCAUCUUCUAUACUUACCCGAACCUUUCGUCCUUUUCUUUAUUAAUUUAUAAUUUGGUUGUGAAGCCCUUUUGAUAAAAGGAAUAGAGAUACUAGUCUCAGAAUCAUGUGAAAAUUACAAGCGUUUUCACUUCAGGGUUUUCUCUGGUUUUCUUUCUUGGUUCAUUACUUGGUUUUGUUGCGUUGGAAUCUAUAUAUACAAUACUCUGAUAAUAUUGGAAUUCCAUGUUUUGGAAUGUUAAUAGAUUACCUGUUUUUGUUAUUCUUUCUACUUUCAACCAGAUGGUUUCAUUGCUUAGGUUUUCUUGUGUUGGAACAUUGAUUUUAUUUGUUUCUUUCUCUUUUUGGUCAGAUGGGUUCGUUACUUAGGUAGUUAGGUUGUGUCCUGACUCCAAAUGAUAGAAAUGCCAAUUUAGAUGUCCAAAGCUUUCUUACCUUGCCAAUUGGUGUGAUUGAUUAGGUUUGCCUUCUACCUUAUGUUCUUUUUAUGCAUAAACUAUUUUCCUUUUAUUUCUAUGUAAUUUAUAUCUCAGCUAUUUUUUCUUUUAGUUGAAUCAUUUGCUGCUAAUCUUGUGGAGUUUUAGUGCCUAGUUGCCUGUGUCCUCGUGGUAAGAAUUGGAAAUGCCAGUUUACAUAUUCAAAUCUUUCUGCCCUUGCCAAAAGGUUUUCCUUUAACCUUAUAUUCUUUUAAUGGUGUAGUAAAUUUUCCUCUUCUUUUUUAUGUAAUUCAUCUACUAGUUAUUUUUUCUUUUUGAUAAAUAAUUUUUUGAAUCUUGAGCUAUUUUCAGUGUCUAGGUUUUGAAAAUACUGCUUGUCCAUGUGGAGUUUGCCUUCUACCUUAUGUGCUCUUUAUGCAUAAACUAUUUUCCUUUCA